AUGAAGCAGAACUCAAAAUAUAUUCCAGUGUCUAAUAGUUCUGGAGUGGCCGAUACUGAAACAUCCCGAGCUCCAGAUUCCGAAUUGCAAGAUUCUUCCUCAGGGGAAGGAACCACCUCGGAGAGUAUUAAUGGGCAAGUCGACAUUCAAAACUUGCCGGCAGACCCUCCAGCAUAUGAAGAAGGCAGCUUUGAACAGUUUGAAAUUGAGGAACCUGGAAGUUCGCCUCAAAGUGAAACGCACGGAAUCUUCAAUAAGGCUGGUGAGUUCGCACGAAAUAUCAACACGAGAAUCUUCAGGCCUUUAACUGAGGCUUUGGAUCCCGUGUAUCAAGCUUGGCAAUUAAUAAACAAGAAGGCGGAUGCUUGUAUCUCCAAGAUUGGUAAUCCACUUAUUGUGAAAAGGCUUAUCUAUGUUUUAUUUAUUGCUGUUCUUAUAUACAUGGUCUCACUUAAUGGUGCUUACUCCGGGGGGCGAUUAAGCAAUGGAACAUUUGAGGAUCUAGAUGCUUUGGCUGAAUUCAUAGACAACGAAAUAGAUUCUCACAGACUUGAGGAGAAUCUUGAGUAUUUGUCAUCUAUGCCACGAAUAGCCGGAACAGCCGGCGACCUUUCACUUGCUAGAUAUAUAGAACAGUACAUCAAAACAACCAACGUUGAGCAGGUUCGUGGACAGCAAUUUCAGGCUUUUACAGAAUAUCCAUCAAAUGAAUCAUAUGUGGUGCUAAAGAACUCUGCGGGUGAACAAAUAUACCGCUGUAAUUUGGUUGAAUCUACUGAUCUUGAUGGGCAGCAGUCGUCGGAUGAUAUAUCUCGCUGGUCUUUUAAUCCGGGAUCAAGAACCGGAAAGGUUUCCGCUAGACUUGUGUACGCAAACUAUGGGCAAUGGCAGGACUAUGAAUAUCUUAGAGAUGCCGGUGUUAACCUUGAUUCCGGAUUCAUUGCUUUGGUUAAAUAUGGGGGCGGACUUCCAGCAUAUAAAAAGAUCAAAUAUGCUCACAGAGCAGGUGCAAAAGCUGUCAUUUUUAUUAGUGACCCAUUGAAUACAAGCUACAGCUUAUAUUCUAUCCAGAGAGACCCUGUCGCGUAUCCGGAUAAGGCUUCUGGAAAUAUCAUGGAUCCUGGGCCAGGUUCCGCAGAUCAAAUCCCGGAAUACUUUGAUCCUGAGAAGCUUUUGGCAACUUCAUCUGCAUAUCCUGAUAUACCUUCCAUGCCAAUAUCUUGGGCAGAUUUCAUAGGAAUCAUGAAUAAAUUCAAAUCAUCUGGAAAGCAUAUAUCUGAAUGGGACUUUUCUAUUGGGAACACACCAGUCGAGAUCUGGACAGGCGAUGAUCAGUUUAAGCUUGACAUGAAUAAUCAUCUACAGCAGAGACCAUUUAAACAAAUGUGGAAUGUUGCUGGACGUAUUAGUGGUACAGAACAGAACGGAUUAGCAAUUAUGAUUGGAGCAUCGAGGGAUGCUCUUUGCUACGGCGCUACUGAAGCGACUGGAACUGCUGUGUUGUUGGAAUUAAUGAGUGUUCUUUCAGAACUAAAAGCAGCCAAAUACUGGCGUCCAUUGCGGACAAUAUAUUUUGUUUCGUUUUCUGGUUCGAAGUUCAAUGCCGCAGGUACCUCAAAUUUUGUCGUGCAGAAAUCAGACUUUUUACGACAUGACUUAUACGCUUACAUUGAUUUGAGCGAUGCCAUUUCAGGCUCCUCUUUUAGUGCUAUGGGAAAUUCUUUGUUAUAUCACCCCACUGUCGACCAAUUAGAUAAAGUAAAUGACCCAGUGCAGAAUGUUAGUAUAUCACAAAGUUGGAACCAUAUGUUCGAUACGGGCAUCGACAUUAUGAAGCAGUCUGCUCCAUUCCUUGUUCAUGAUGGUAUACCAAUUUUAGAGUUGGCAUUCAGAAAUAGUUCUUCCCCAAAUGGGUAUCCGAAAAAUACGUGUUUGGAUACUUUUGACCGGUUCAAAAAGGCUGGCAUGGAUCCGGAAAUGAAGUAUCAUAAAACCCUUACAAGCAUAUUAAGUAGGGUAAUUCUCGAACUUUCUGAUAAUGCAGUUAUCAGCUUUGAUAUCCCUUCUCUUGUAUCCGACAUAAACAAGGAUGCAAGAGAUCUUAGAAGGUAUACAAGAAUCAAAAUGAAGGAUUCAGGAAUGAUGUUGAACUUCGACGGGUUAGAAAAGUCAUUAAUCAGAAUAAAGCAAAUCGGGCAAGAGCAAAAGGCAUUUGUUGGUACUUGGACAGAUAUUGUUACUUCUUCAUCUGGUAUGGAGCCGAAUUUGCUUGCUGUUAAUAGGUGGGAUUGGAAUUCAAAGCUAAGUAUUUUUUUGAAGCUCCUAAUUGUACCACAAGGUGUUUAUCAGAGACCAUGGCAGAAGAAUGCCGUAUUUGGUCAGGAGCUUGAAAUUCCGCAGCAAACUGACGAAUCUGGAAAAGUUAUCAACUUUAGGUAUAACAGUUUCCCAGGUGUGCGAGAUGCAUUAGAUGAAGGUAAAUGGGAUCAAGCUCAGGCUGAACUUAACAAAGUUACGGGAUUGAUGGACGAGGCUGCAGAGAUUUUUAACAUUAAUAUGUGA